AUGAGUAAACAAGCUGCUGACAUACCAGAACAAAAAGACUCGAGACGGGUCUCAAAACCUCUCGUGGAGAAAAGAAGGAGAGAUCGCAUUAAUCAAAGCCUAGAAACUCUGAGGAUGCUAUUACUUGAGAAUACACACGAUGAGAAACUCAAGAACCCUAAAGUCGAAAAGGCUGAAAUCCUGGAAAGUGUUGUGCACUUCUUAAGAGCUGAACAAGGACUGGGGACUGACCCUUUUAAAAUCACCAGAGGAAAAAGAGCACGCACAGAGGAGUCUGAUGAGGACCUGAGUUCACCUAGCAAAUGUCAGAGCUACCGUGAUGGAAUGAGGACAUGUCUGAUACGACUCAGCAAUUUUAUUGCUAGCAAGAGCCAUGAGUUUGGACAGGGAGUGGACAAAGCAUUUGGAAACCUUUACAAAUCACACUCAAUGCAAGCCCAGCUACUGUCCACACCAUCCCGCAGAGAAACUCGGGUGCAUCUCAAUGAGGACUCAUCACUGCCAGCACAGCAGCAUCUCACUCGUGUCCAACUGAGCAAUUCCUGCACACCAUCUGGCUGUGCGAAGCUUGCACAAAGAACUGUUCUGUCUGCUACCACCAUGACUUCAAGUCCUAAGCAACCUGUAAUGCUCUGUGACGCUGUCUGGAGGCCUUGGUAG